AUGGCCCCACCAAAAGCUGAAAAGAAGCCUGCCUCUAAAGCCCCAGCUGAGAAGAAGCCAGCUGCUAAGAAGACCGCUUCCUCUUCUUCUGACUCCAAGAAGAGAACCAAGACCAGAAAGGAAACUUACUCUUCCUACAUCUACAAGGUCUUGAAGCAAACUCACCCAGACACCGGUAUCUCCCAAAAGGCCAUGUCCAUCAUGAACUCCUUUGUCAACGAUAUCUUCGAAAGAAUCGCUGGUGAAGCUUCCAAGUUGGCUGCUUACAACAAGAAGUCUACCAUCUCUGCCAGAGAAAUCCAAACUGCUGUCAGAUUGAUCUUACCAGGUGAAUUGGCUAAGCACGCUGUUUCCGAAGGUACCAGAGCUGUCACCAAGUACUCCUCUGCUUCCAGCUAA